AAAAAAAAAAAAAAAAAAGAAGAAAAACUCAAGGGUUUUGCAAUCUUAGAUUGUGUUGUGAAAUCUUGCAGAAUGUCAAAUUCCAUGGUUGUGAGGAUAUGGUUAGUAGUACUGGUGGUGCUGCAACCCGGAUUCCUCGUCCGGCCAGCGAUGCCGUCUUCUUCUUGCCGGAGCUCUUGCGGGAAUAAUGUUCAUAUUCCAUAUCCAUUUGGGAUUGACCCAGGAUGCGGCUCCCCUGCGUUCUUCAACCUGCUUGCCUGUAUGAAAUCAGAAGUCACCGCCGGAGAAGAAGAUCUCUUGAUCUUGGUGAACCCCCCAAGCCAAAACAGGAGGGUCCUGUGGAUUGAUAACACCUCGGAAACCAUGUUGGUUGACUGGUCAACUAGCUGCCCUAUCAGCACCAGUCAAUCUCCCGACGCCAUUUUUUCCGAUUUCCCCAACAUUAGGCCUUCUUCCCACAACGUUUUUGCCCUCUUGAACUGCACCUUUAACAGCAGCAACCACCAGUAUAAUGGCCGCACUUGCGACCAGAUGUACCGCCUUUUCGUUAUCUUCAAGCGAUUCAAACCCCCGUGCUUGUUUGCCGAAUCCAAACAUCUUAGAAGUAGCAUCGCUGCGUUUGGGUGUACGCAUUACGUCCCUGUUUAUCAUCCUAGCAAGGAUUAUUCAGGUGUGACAGGAGAUUUGUCGUUUUUGGGGCUCAAAGUGGAAUACCAAGUGCCACCGGAGGAGACGAGGAAUUGUGCUCAGUGUGAGAGCUCCGGCGGGGUUUGUGGGUUUAACCAGCAGACUCUGGUGGAGACUUGCUUAUGCAACUCCAACAUCAAUCCUACUCCUAUUGCUGCAGGAUGUGGUGGUGAGUGACCGAUUUUGUUUUCUUACAUAAAAAUUUAUUUUCUGCCCUUGAAUUGAUAUAAUUAUUAUUUGUUGUUUUGGAAAAGGAAACAAAUUUGGCAAGAAAAAUAUAUAUACAUAAAACCCCUGAAAACAACUAACUCGAGUUCAUAGGCUUAGUUAUUGGAUAUCUUCAAUGUUUGAGUGAUUUCAACACGCCUGCUUGGUGUGUUUCUAAUUUGUGGUCUCAAGCCCUAAACUAAGGUGUUCAGUUCAUAGGUCGGAGUUGUCAGAUUUGAAGUUUUUUAAGGCUUAGAUCUAGACGGCUGGAUCAAGGCUACUGUUCAUUGGGUUGAACUUUGAUUAUUAUUGGCCAGGUUAUAUCGAUAUAUUGAUGUAGUAGCGGAAGCCUAUAUCAAUCGGACCAACCUUAAAACAAUCACCAAUGAUUAUGGAACAACUGAAUUCGGAACCUAAUCACGAAUCACUAAUCGUAAUGGAACAAAUCAUGACUAGAACUAAUCAAUCCCACCAACAAUAAUAGACCAAGAAAAACUAGAUUUUGAGAAAUCAGUCUCUUUUAUAAAAUUCAAUAAUCAACUUACGGCUAUAAACGUUGAAACUAAAUAUUUAAAGACAAGAAAUAAAACUCUAAUAAUAAUAAAAAUCCAAAAGUAAACCUAUCUUGAAAGUAAAACAAUUAAAGAAAAAACCCUAAUUAUUUGUAGCCACCAUCAUAUAUUCACCUUUGUAUUCACAAACUGUAUUUUGCUAUGGAUCAUUACCGUUUUUUUGUUGUUUUACAUAUUAGAAUUUUGAAAGUUAAACAUAAGUUUGAGCUUCAAUCAUCAAAUUUUGUGGUGGAGAACUGUGGCAACUUUUUUCUUAAAGAAAAAAAGUGGUAACACUCCUCCCCUUCCCACAUCAUAUUAGGAUUAGGAUUUGAAGUUGGGAAGGUAAGGAUGGGAGAGAGUGUUAGUGUAUAUGUAUUAGGGUUAGAUAGGAUUACUAUUAUUAUAAACUUAUGUCUAUGUUUGUUCCUUAUAUUUAUGUACUAAACCUAAUACAAGACUCACCGUUCAUAUACUUUUAUGGUAUCAGAGAGAGUAAAAGAAAGAAGAUUAAACAAGGUUACCAAAUGGACAGAUUAAAAUUAGAAUAUAUGGCAAAAUGUAACCUUCCUUGCAUUUUAUUGGAUUGAAAGUGAGUCUCAUAAACAAGAGUGUUACUAAGAUUGAAAAAUCGACUCAUUAGUUAAUCAAUAUGUCAUACGGUGUGGUUUUGGGGUGUGUGUGAUGUGUGUUUCUUCUUCUUUUGUUUUUUUUCCCCCCUUUCCCUCUGACCGUGAUAUGUUCUUGUUUUGAUCUCACCAGCUUCAACUACUGAAAAGAAAUCAGGAGGCCUAGGGAAGGGAUCUUUGGUAGUAAUUAUUAUUGUCCCUAUAAUAAUAAUAAUAAUUCUCGGAGGAGUGAUUGUGGUGAAGUUUCGGGUAAAAUGCCCUUGUUUGUCUGGGCCUGAUGAUCAGGGAAAUGACUGUAACAUCCAAUUAUUAUGUUGCAAUGGGUGUUGCUCAUCGUCUGCUCGUCUAUAGAUGCUCAGAGGAGCCAUAUAUAACCAGAUAAAUGCCGGGUGAGUUCACUGAGCUCAGGCAAGAUGCAGGAAUUUUUUUUGGGUUAAUUUGACUAUGAUCUGAGCUUAUACCUGAACAUAAAAAUAUGUAACAGUGAUUUCUGUAUUUAUUUUCCAUUUCUUCUGUUGAGAUUUCUGUCAUUUUUCAAGUUUUCUACGAGCAGAUUCCUACAUCAUGGAUUGUAUGAGAAAUGAUUAUCAUGGAUUGUAUGAGAAAUGAUAUCUUGGACGUACGACCAAGUGAAUUCAAGAUGGAAUUUUACAAUCUGUUUAUAUGCAUGUAUAUUCCUCUAUUAAUCUCUCUAUCUCUUUUACUCGUUUCCUUUCUUUGAGUUCUUUAUGUCUGAAGGGGCGGAAUCAAGCCCCCUAUAUAUGUGAUGGUGCAAAAUUUAUCAAAUUUCUAAUUUAAUAUAUUUGUCUCAAAUAUUUUCAAUUCAGGUGGAGUAAAAAUCAGUUUUUUAAAGAAAAUUCUAAAACUUCAAGAAAUUAAUAACUAAAAAAAAAAAAAUUCCAGCUGAGGCAAUUGUCUCACUUCCCUUAUAUGUGCCUCCGCCCCUCCUCCUAAUAAAAAAUUCUCACCCUUCAUUCUGAAACCCUUUUAGUGGCAGUGUGAUCAGGAAUAUGAAUAGUAACUUAGUAAGCCCAUCAUUUUGGGUGUUUUUCUUCUUUCUGAAUUAUAUGAAAUAUUUGACCAUUUAUUAGACAAAAAGAAAAUCAUAAGUUAUGAAAGAAAGUGAUAAAUAUAAUAAAAAAAAACGUGACAUUCUCUUCAUUUUUAUGCAAAGUUCCAGUAUUAUCAACCUACACAUGCCAAAUCCGCCGCGAACAAACACAAGUUAAAAGUAAUUUAUCUUUGAGAAUGAUAAACCCUCGUACUGUUCUUUUGUUCAAAUGCAAACUUUGAAACACUACUACAUUUAUGGAUUUCAAAUUUUAUAUUGGAAAAUUAGAGAAUCGACAUGAUUUUCUUGUGUUUUUUAAAAAACAAAAUAGGUUUUAUUUUUCUUAACAUGUAAGUUGCUUUCUGUUGUUUAUCAUUGAAGAAAUAAAAGAUAUCACCGUGCUUAUGGUAAACUUCUUAGGCAGUACAAUUUUCGUUACCCAAUAGAACGUUAGUCAUAUAAUUAUUACAUAUGUUAUAUUAAGUUAUCUCAAAUCCUUAAACAUUUAUAUGAAUCAUUUCAUUGAUUAAAAAUUAGGUGUUGUUGACCAGUCAUGACCUAAAAAUUUACUUCUAUAAAAUAGUAAGUAAAUAAUAUCAAAGUUAAAGACAAGUUUUAUCAUUUUUACAACUUAAAGUUUUGCUAUCAUGAUGAGUUAUUUACUUGCUCAAGAUAUAAUUUCACUUUUGAACUGCCACAUUAAUAGACUUAUUACAAAUUUUGGAAUUGGUGAGUUUCAAAUACAAUCCUCAAUUCUAACUGUUUUAGGAUACUAGCUUAUAUUAAACUUUUCGAUUUAGUUUAAAAUACAAAAGUACUAGCAAUUUUUUCUCAUUAAUAUAUGUACACAUGUACGUACUUAUAAUAUCACCUAUCUAUUUUUCAAAUUGUUAUUAUAUUACAUAGGUUAAAUAUUUGAGGAAAAUUUCGCUAAAGUGCUGUGGAGAUGGAGAAACAAAAAAAAAAAAAAAAGGUACGGCCGAAAAGUAUUUUUUUAUUAAAAGUAAGUAGAUAUUCCCUCCGGUCCUUAAUAUAAGAUAUUUUAAGUAGAUAGUUAAUAUAAGUAUUUUGAUUUCGGUCCUUGAUUUUUUAAUUGAUGAAAAAAAUUUAACUGGGGAAAAGAAUGACGCGGCAAACGUAACUAUCUUUAAACAAGUUGGUCUAAAUUAGCUGGCCUGAGAAUAUGAUAUCCAAUUCCAGGUCAAGGGGGAGGAGGAUCGAAAAAAUCUCCCUCCCUUCCCCCAUAUGCUCCAUAAAAAUUGUAAAAAUUCUUACCAAGCAGUAUUAAUUCCAACUUCUUGAGUUUUGUAGAAUCAAAGAUGUACAUAUAUAGUUUUAACCCUGAUAUUUUUCAAUACAGAUAAUUUUUUUUAAGUAUAAGAUUUAACCUAUUUGUGCAUUAAUUUAUAGCAUCCAAUUUCACUAAAUUCUACAAGUAUGAUUCCAUAAUUUAUGUCAGAUAUUUCCAUCAGUUUCAUUAUUAACCAAAAGCUAAAAGAUUUGGCAAUGACAGACUCUUAAACUCCAUUUUGGAAGUGACAAAUCUAUUCAUUUUAUCUUAGCUAUUGCAAAAAUAAAAAAUCAAAUUACUCAUUCUGACCCAAAAAUUGAGUCUUGAGAGUUGUACUUUCUUUCAGUAUAAAUCUCAAAAUUCAACAUGGGUUAAUUUUUUGGGGCCGACGGAGUAUUAAUUUUUAUUUGCUAGGAGUUCUCUCUCCUCCAUGUGUGAGAAAACAAAGAGUCAAGAAAUUCAGAGUACUUACAGGCACUCAAGUAAUUAUCUGAUGAUGAAGUAAUAUAUUAGUUCAGGGGGGAAGAAAUCACCGUUGGAAUACUCCUAUAUAUGAGGCUCCCAAGAUGCAUGGCCUUCGUCGACCGGAGGUUAAUUUAUAUAGGGUCCCAAAGCGUAUUCCAAGCUCUCAUGUAAUCCUUUCGGUGAUUGAGAGAGGUAUGUAUGUACGUCCGUCCAAGAAGGGCUCUCUCUACCGUGAUUUCCAAGCUACCUCAGUCAUUUUGGGACCGGAAAGAGUGUGAAUCAUCCAACAAAAGCCAUACGAGUUAAUGAACUAGUUGGUUUCAUGUGUUAAAAGACUGCUUUAUGUCCAUAACUGAGUAUCGAUGUCUCUGGAUGUUGUUCCAACAAGGUAAAACUUGCAUUAACUCAAACAAAUUAAACAAAAUAAAAAGAAGAAAGAUUUUAAAAAAAUUUGUCACAAUCCUCUCUAAUUAGUCAAAAUGUGGUAUUAAUCCGUAGAGGAUCAUCUCACAGUUCACUUAUUUGGAGGAAAAAAGCAAACAAACGAGGGGGGGAGAAGAAACCCACAGGUAAUCCUACCUCUUAAUUAAAAGAUAAGACCACUUCACUAGGUCUUACAUAUGGCCAUCCAAAAAAGCAGAUGAAGAACAUAUAGAUUCAGACUCUAGUGCACCAACGAGGAUUUGAACGAGCAAAAACUAAGGAUAUCUCUUGUGAUAAUAACAAAGAGGAAAUGUCCAUGCAUAACAAAUUUGGCUAGAAAAGGAUUCAAAACCACACAAGAGAAUGACCAGCAUUUGUACACAAAAAGUGGG